GUUGUUUAGAUGAGAUGUUGGGGAAUAUGGUGUAGGGGAGAACUUUGUAGAGUAGGGCUGAUAGUUGGGAUCGAUGAUCCCAAGCUUCUUUUCCAACCUGAAUGAUUCUGUGAAUUUUUUUGCGAUUUUCUGCUUCACUGUCUGUGUUAAUUGAAUGGUUUUGCUUUGGUAGCUUUUUUAGUGGUACAUAUUGAGUGGCUAGAUACACAAAAUAGUAUUCUAUUCCAUUAUGUAUGGGCAUUCUUAAACCCAGCAUUUCUAGCACCCCACAGUUAUUCAACUGUACCUAAAUAAUGUGAUACCCCUUCCAGAAGCUGUUCAGGUCAGGCUGGAUGUAGGAUACAUGUUUUCAAAAGAAGUGCCUAGUGGGGUCUUAUUACCCAGAAAAGUACUCUGGCUUGCAGAGGCAUGGGAAGGAUUUUUCCUCAUGACCUCCUGAAUGUGAAGGGAAUUACCGUGAUUUUCUUUAGCUCUGCUUUUAGUUACUGCAGCAGAAACUGCUAGUACAAGAUUGUGCACUAAAAUACUUUUGUUCUCUUGCUUUUGUUUUAUGGCAGUUUUAUAGCUCAUUUAUUAUGAACAGGAAAGUAUUUUUUUUAACGAAGUGAAAGUUGAUAAAGCAUGUGCUGACGUGCUCUGGGGUCCUUGCUGCCAAGACCCAUGAUAAGCUAGUUCUGCUGUCUUGCUCUGACUGAUAAUAACCCAUGGUGUAACAAUUAUGGUAAAACUUCAAAUGUUUCAUUUAUAUUUAGCCUGUAAUACCUUAUUUUGCUAGAGCUUUAUUUCUUAUCUUGGUUAAAUAUUGCAAGUCUAAAAAUCUUUCACGCCUCAAAGAACGUGCAGUUGAUUCUUCCAUGUGUUCUACUGCAUGUCAUGUGCUGACAAAAUGAAGUACGAAAGUUGCAUCCUUACUGUGCAAAUCCACUGAAAACCUGUUCCACAAAUCAGCACAUUUAUCUUUUUUUACUUCAGUAUAGUCUUAUGAGUUCUGACAUGAAGAUAGCUAUAAAGCAGCUGGAGAAUGGAAAAUAUCUGUUAAAAAUCAAAUAUGACAUGUUCAUCCUGAAUAGGAAUGUGCUUCUCGGUUACACAACUAUCGUUCUCUAUUUAACUGCAUUUACAAGAUUUGUCUUGUUAACUUCUUGGGAGUUCACAGGUUAUCUGACACUCCCUCAGGCUAUAAAUUUAUGGGCACAUGCCUACGGAAGGAUGAUUUAAUAUUUUUAUUAAAAAAAAAAAAAAGCCCUUACAUCCCCAGUUUAACUGGGAAGAGGCUUCUUUGUGCACCAAGCCUUUAAAUUGUGAGCAGCCUGUUACUUACUGGCUUCACUUUUUUGGAUCGUGUUGCUCAAGGAUCUCAGUCAACUCCUCUCACCAUGAAGAGUGUUGCUCUUCUUUUCCUAGUAGUUAUCUGUGGCAUGGGAGGAUUGGGACAGAAGCUGAAGCCAAAGAAAAGAAGUAAUGGCGAAGAAAUCAACUUUCGGACUAAAACCAAAGAUGUUUGCACAAUGAGAAUAAGCGGGGAUGAGGAGAGGAAACUUAGAAUCGAAUGCAAAAGCCAAGGCAUGUCCUACUGGUGUGAAUUUACUGGCAAGCCAUCAGUCUGUCGUGCUUUCAUAAACAAUCCAAAGAUUUACUGGAAUCAGAUCGCUAUGGAACUUAGAAAGCUCCCGCAUGCUUGCGAAUCCACACAAGUGUUGAAGAUUACCAUGUGCCAAAAGGCUCCCACAGAGGCUCUCAUGAAGCAAGUAGAUGCUGGUAUGGAGCCAGAAGAUCUAGCAAACCAGGACACGUCAGUCCAGAAAACUUCCAUUUCUAUGAGGGGAGCAGAGCAAAGCUCUGUUAAGAAAAUAGACAAGCCCCCAAUACUACCUCUUGUAAAACCAACCCAACAUGGUCAAGGGUCUGAAAACGAAACAGAAGCAAUGAAACUGGCACGGGAACAUUGCUGGGAAUCCCUGCAUGGUGUCUGCUCCUACAUUAUUGGUAUCUUCAGGGGUUAAGGAUUUGCUUCAGAGCAAAAUUUUUACAGCUGAAGAAGGGUCCUUGAUGUAGUUUAAUAGACAUGUUAAUUCUGGUUUUAAAAUGAGUAAUCUCUUUAAGUCUUGUAGCUCUUUUCUCUUUGCACCCCUAAAAUGAAACUUUUCAACAGCCCUGAAAAAUGCAUGAAACUGGGAACUAGAGUGACUGUACUUAAACUGUUAGGAUAAACUAACUGUUCCUAGGUCUGUUACACACAGAGGUGUACCGCGUUUCUGUAACCAAGGUUCUGCUUCAAGCGUGCUGACCUUGAAUAGGUUUUUCUGUGUGCUGAUUCACUUCAGUUUGUUAGAGAUAAAAGCUGUAAAUGAUGCUACAGUUAGUGCAAAUAAUAAAAAUAAGAUUUUUGAAAACCUACUCAGUGUGCU